AUGCCUGUCAUUCAAGAUCUUGCUGCUCGCCAUGCGAGUCAUGCGAGUGAAAACCUGCAAAAGAAGCCUCUUGAGCCAAUCUCCAAGCUUGCGCCAUUCUCAGCCCUAAUCAUCUCUAUCACUAUGGUCAUCUUCUUCCUCAUCCGCUACUACAUCCUCGAGGGCUUCCUGAUCAAGAAGAUAUAUGGCCGGAUCUACGCCGACCUUGAUGAAGGGAACCGCCGUGGCUUCGUCAACCAUCACAUUGCUGGACUUACCAAGAUCAUCAUCCUCGCGGUGGCUGCCAAGCCAUUUGUGUGCGUCACUUUUGGCAAGGAGACGUUCGGAACGCCAUAUGAUCCUCGCAUGAGCUCAACGAUCACCAUGGGUGACAUGCUUAUCGUUGUCGCUCAGAUGUUGAUCGGCAUGUACGUCUUUGAGCUUCUCUAUCGGUCCAAACUGUCCCCGGUGGCGGUGACGCAUCACAUCGGCACCAUCAUCGUCGGACAGUCCGCGAUUGCCAUCAGCCUGAAACUGGCACGUGAGCCAGAUGCUGAUAUUGAGUUUAUCUUGUGCACCGUGUGGGGUGCUUUCGAUAUAGUGUCCGAAUUCUUCCCACACGUGGCCAUAAUCCUCUAUCGCAUCUUUCCUCAACGUCACAACUUCCUCAAGUGGGUCUUUCUUCUCUCCUGCAUUACGACCGCAACAGGCACCACUUGUGAGACGAUUGUGACAAUGUGGCUCUUCGGAAGUCUCUGGAAUAGGUGGCAGAUUGCCUUCAAAGUGGCCACACCAUUGCUUCACCUUGCGUUCUCGGCGGCACAGAUCCACGGCAGUAUGGUCUUCUGGCGGAUGUACAAGAAGCAGAAACGUCUGCUUCAAGAGCAAGUGGAAAGUGCCGAUUUCCUCAAGGAAGAGAAUAUUGGCAUCGCGUUGCAGUCAUCCGCAGAGUCCAUGCCGCCGGUCGUGCCGCCGAACGCAAUGGUAGCCCGCGAUAGAUGAGCAGCUGGUGGUUUCCGUCGCCCGAAAACGCAUGUUUGCGCUGGGUUUUUGCUUCUCUUUCUUUUUUUCCCGGGAUUUGUUUUCUGGGGGCGUUUUUACUCUGCAUCGGCGGAGUUUCUGCAUUUGUCCGAGGCAUACAACGGACAGUGGACUGGUCUGCUUUUUUUCCGGGAAGAUAGGAAAGUAUGGUGACAUGUUUCUACCAUACUCAAUAAUAAAUUACAAUGAGAC